CUGAAUAAUAGCUCGAGUUCGGCAUCGGUAGCGUCGCGUCUAUACACUAAUGGAACGCGUGGAUCCCGACGUGGCAGUUUCGGAAGCGAACCAGAAUUGAUGAGUUUCAGUGAUAACGAAACGUCCAUCCAGGAACUCAAUGAAAUCUGCAGCCAGGUUAGCAUCGCAUUUUUUGCUUUGAUUAUAUCAAAAUCAUAA